CCAAAUCGAAAUUAAAUCCGUUUGAUCCCCUCCCAACCUUCGCGCUCGAAAAACCCUAAUUCCCCUUAUUCGAAGCCCUAAUUUUAUCGUAAUUUCAGAUAAUUGGACCUCGAAUCACCCUUUGUUGCCCAAUUUAUCCAUUCAUAUACUACUACGUCACGGAUUUCGAUCAUUAAUAAUCUAAUUGCGGGUGGUAUCCAUUUUGUUGUAAGAAUCUCAUAUCGUUUUUUUGGGGGGAAAGAACCGUAGUUCUACAGAUGGACGCGAAGGAUAUAUUAGGAUUGCCGAAGAAUGCACCGAGUAUGCAGGAGAAGAAGUCGAAGCCUCCUAAAGAAUCUCAGAGGAAACCUGAUGGCAUUUCGCGCGAGGUUUAUGCCCUUACAGGGGGGUUGGCACCUCUGAUGCCCGCCAUUGAUGUUAAUCACUUGAAGCGAAAAGUGCAAUCCGAAAAUGAGAAGAUUACUUGGCAAUGGCUCCCAUUUUCAAAUUCUGCCCGGAAAGACAAUUUGCAGCUUUACCAUUGGGUUCGAGUGGUAAAUAGUGUUCCGCCAACUGGCGAUUAUUCAUUUGCCAAGUAUAACAAAUCUGUUGAUGUGAUCAAGUAUACUGACGAGGAGUAUGAGAAGCAUUUGACUGAUCAUGCAUGGACAAAGGAAGAGACAGAUCAAUUGUUUGAUCUAUGUGAGCGGUUUGAUCUCCGCUUUGUCGUGAUAGCUGAUAGGUUUCCAUCGUCGAAAACCGUUGAGGAACUUAAAGAUCGUUAUUAUAGUGUAUCUCGUGCCAUCCUGACUGCUAGGGCCCCAUCUCCUGGUGAUGUCUCAGGACAUCCACUUGUUAAGAAAUAUGACUCAUUCUCCUCACCAUCUGAACGUUGUCCAAUGAUGAAGGAACCUUACAAUGCUUCUCAAGACACUGACCGCAAGCGUGCAUUGAAUUUACUGCUAUCUCAUACGAAGCAGCAAGAGCGAAAGGAUGUUGAGGUUGUUGCUCAUGCCAAAAGAAUAACUGAGGCUCGGAAAGCUAUAAAGGCUUCUCAGGAGCCACCAGUGCCUACCUUAUCAGAGAGUGGACUAGUUAAUGCUGACAAGGCUGGCAUGACUGCUGACACCGCGGCUCCUUCCACAAACUCUCAGUUUCCUUCCACAAAUCCUGUAUCGGAAACUGCUGCAGCUGUGGCUUCUCUUCGCAUGCUACGUGUAUAUCUGCGAACAUAUGCACUUGAUCAAAUGGUGCAAGCUGUAAGUUCGUCAGCAGGACUUCGGACCAUCAAGCGGGUGGAGCAGACCUUACAAGAUCUUGGGGUGAAUUUGAAACCAAAGGUUCCCACAAAGGCUGUGUGUUCUGAGCAUCUUGAACUAAGAAAGGAGAUAUUGACUCUAUUAAAUCUUCAGAAACAGUUGCAAUACAAGGAGGCAGAGGGUCCAUCAUUUCGUGACGGUUCAUAUACUGAAACUCCUGGUACACCUCCCAAGCAAUCACAGCGAGCUGCAGAUCUUGAUCGAACAUUCACACCUGAAUCAUUGCAGAUUGGUGGGGAAAGAUUCGUCAAAAAGGAACAGAAACGCAAGGGACCCGGAAGAUCAUCGGAUGCUCCAUCUUCGCCUGCUCAGUCCAAACGGCCACGAAAGUAUAAUGCUUCAGAUUCGUAAAAUAUAUACACAUGAAUAUAUAUACAUAUAUAUAGGCCCUGAAGCAUUUUCCAUUAAUGGCUUAUUUGCCGCCAAAUUUGCAGACAACACUAGUAGACUUCCUCAGAGGAGAUAUAUGUAUGAGCUUUUGAUAGUUGGUAAGAAGAGGAGAUACCAUACUUUGCAGAUGGGGGGCAAGAUGAUGUCAACUAUUUUUGGUUUGAGAAUGUUUUUCUAACUGUGCCACUAAUUGACCUAAGUUAUUAACAAUGUAAAUAUUACUCAUCCAUUUGUACACCCCAUUUGCUCAAAGAUAAUUUGCUUGUAUGCUUCUUGUUUA